AUGUCAACAGAAGCUAAGGGACAAAGCUCCGGUUCAAGGUUACCAAUAUGGGCCUUAUCACCCCAGGAGGAGAAGAAAGCUCGUGCUAAUUUGAAAGAUUCAGCUUAUAAAUCAUGUAAUGAAUUUGUUAAAGCAAUGGCAGACUGUGCGAAGGCCCAUGGUAUUAAAGUAUUUCCUGCUUGUGAACAGCAACGUGAUAAAAUGAAAGAUUGUAUUAUUGCAUUUCAGACUGAUAAGAAUCUGGAUAAUGAGAGAGAUUUGAUCGUUCUUACAAAGAUUGCUAAACUAGAAAAACAGUUGAAUGAGACAAAGGCAAACGCUAAAUAA